ACCACGCUGCCAGCAACACGUCUGGCAGUGCCGCGCAGCCGAGAUCACAGAUAGGACGACGCCGAACACUAUUGCUGGAAGCCGUGACAGAAUGGAAAUAUACGCCCUCGUGGCUUUGGCGGCGUUGUCAGCAGGUGUCAGCGCCGCUCCCGUGGUGACGCUGACGGACGGGCGUGUGUCAGGCGUGAACGAGCGGUCGACGAAAGGCCACGAGUUCUUCGCUUAUUACGGCAUUCCCUACGCCAAGCCGCCGGUGGAUAAGCUCAGGCUCAAGGAUCCCGUGAAGGCAGACAAGUGGGCGGGCACGAGGGAUGGCUCUAAGAUGCCCCAGCCUUGUGUCCAAGUGCCCGCCGAUCACGUUAUUCUGGACCUUCCCAUUACAGUCGACGACAUUAUCGGAGAAGAGGACUGUCUCUAUCUCAAUGUCUUCACACCAAAGAGGAAGAAACCCGACGAGAGGCUUCCGGUGAUGGUGUACAUCCACGGCGGCGCCUUCUUCCUCGGCGGCGCCCACGAGUACCUCCCGCACGUCCUCAUGAACCACAACAUAGUGCUGGUUGUGAUGCAGUACCGACUGGGAACUCUAGGUUUCAUGUCGACGGAGGACAUGGUGAUGCCCGGGAACUUCGGGAUGAAGGACCAGGUCAUGGCCCUCCGCUGGGUGCAGGACAACAUCCACAACUUCGGGGGCGACGCCGCCAGGGUCACCAUCUUCGGGGAGAGCGCGGGGGGCGCCUCCGUCCACCUGCACGUCCUGUCGCCAAAAUCUAAAGGCUUGUUCGCUCGCGCCAUCCUGCAGUCGGGAUCGGCCCUCGCUCCGUGGGCAAUGGGCGAGAAGUUCCGCCCGGGAGCCUUCCUCACCAGCCGCGUCGUCCGCUGCCCCAAGUGCAUCCUCACGAAGGACAUCACCUUCUGCAUGCAGCUCACCGACGGCAAGGAAGUGGCGUCGGCAGUGAAAAACUUCACGGAGUGGUUUAUUCUCCCCCUGCGGAUGCUCCCCCGUGUGGAUGGAGACUUCCUCCCCGACGAGCCAGCGACCCUCAUGCGGAAGGGGAGGUACAACCGCGUCGAUCUCAUGGCCGGAGUCACGAGGGACGAAGGGGGGAUGGUAGCCAAUCCCCUGUUCACGCGAGAAAGCAUGGUGCGCGCCCUCGAGAGUAACUUCAGCGCCUUCGGCCCCGUCAGCUUAGGCUACCAGGAUGAGGAGGACCCCGUCACUCUGGCAACAAAGAUAUACGAGCACUAUCUAGGGGACAUAGUUUACGACGAACAGCACAGUGACCAGCUGGCUCGGGCAUACAGCGACGUGUAUUUCCACCUGCCACACGACCUCACCUCCCAGAUCUUCGCCAGAGACCCCGCCACCAAAAUCUACCGCUACGAGCUAAAACACCGAUCGCAACUUUCCUUCGGUGACGUCUACCAAGCAUCUGUAGGGAAACACUGGAUCACCCACGCCGACGACCUGUACUACCUGUUCCGAGGCGGCCCCAUCUUCGCCCCCGACUUCCCUCCCGACAGGCCGGGGGACCUCCAGGACGAGGACGACCUCAGGCUCAGGGACAUCAUCACCGCCAUGUGGACCAACUUCGCUGCCACGGGGAACCCGACGCCCGACGACUCCCUGGGCUUCAAGUGGGAGGCGGCGACGGAGAGCAGCUUCCGGCACCUCGUCCUCAAGCCUUCGCCCGAGAUGGAGGACGACCAGCGCCAGGAGACUCGUAAUUUCCUCACGUCGUUGCCAACCAAAGUCAACAAGCUGCUCCAGCCCGAGCGAUUCCUGGAGGAGGGAGAUCCUACGUCACGAGCCACGCAGGACGAACUUUAACGCGAUAGGCCAGGUCACCGUCAGCGCGUGGAAUAUAAUGCGCAUAUUUAUCUUAUGCUCAGUUGUUUAGGUUUAUUAUUUUCGUGAUAAGGAUUGAUCAUUUAGAUUGACUUUUUUCGCAAUAAUGAAUGAUUAUUCGGAUUGAUGAUUCUGGCAAUGAGGAUUAGAUUAGUUUCGGCCGAUGAGUUUCGCCGUGACAUCAUGCGCUAUACUUCCAGAUUCUACGUUCAUUAAUACGACAUUAUAGACUCUAAAUAACACAGGAAAAAUACACAAAAUAUGAGUACAAAAGCACACAGUAGGAAUAAUUAUAAAAACAAAUAGUUUUCUCUCUUCAUGUUCGUCUAGCUGGUGUUAGCAAGGCGUAAACGAUUUUGUGAAACGAAAAGGUAAAAAAAAUACCCGAUUAUUGUCAAGCGAGAGUUCAGUUCUUGUAAGUUGAAAUAGUAAAGAGUCCAGAUCU